AUGGACAUGGACUUGCCUGACUCAUCUGUGAGGGCAAGAGACGACUGCUCAUUGGAGUUGCCCAAGACCUUCCAGAUCGACCGCGUUCCACCUGGCAACGAGAAUCGCCACACCACAUUUCAACUCUCCAAGACCCCAGUGCGAUGUUGCGUCGGCGUGAAGCAAGGGCCCCCAUUGUCAACGCUUCUAAUCAACGCAGUCAAGCUCACAUCGUCUUCCGCUGCCGCUGUUGCGCCGUACAAUUUAGCUGGCCUCUGGCAAAAGGCACCUCCCAUAGCACUUCCAGCUCCAUUAGCAAAUGUGCACAACGUCCGAUAUUUGAUCACAGGCUUUCACCCAACGUUUGAGCCCUUCUUUUCGGCCUGUUCCAGCUCUGUGCAGUUCCUGGUUGACGUUGCCGCACUGCAGCAACGGGGAAGGGGUGGCUCGCUGGACAGCGGUGCCGGCGCCGUCGGCAAGCUAUCAGCAGCUGCCGCCGCGGCGGCGCCGGCAGUAAGACCCCUAGCGGACUUUGCCUUUAUCAGAAGUGCACCGAAACGUCGCGUCUCCGCCGGCCGCACCGGGAUGUUGGUUAAUACGCCCUCGGCACCGACGGGGCCCAUGGGAAGUUGCUGCGUCGAAGAGCUGCGACGCCUGAACUGGAAAACAAACGUGGUGGAAGCACAGGCGCCUCCCGGUCACACCAGCCGCAUCGACGGUGGCGACGCGGACGGCAGCCGAGAAGGUAUCGAGCGACGCUGCCGGUAUCGUUGCUGCAGAAACUGGAAGAUCUGCGUGAUGAAUGCUGUGAGCAGGACGACAAUUACAUCUACCUUUCAGCGUGCGAUGUUCCGUGUCUCGUCCGUGUCUCGUCCCAUGUUAGGGCUCGGUGACAUGGAGCGACGGGGAGAUGACAUGCUGGGCCUAGGCGUUCAAAGCAAACAGGUUAAGCAGGAACUGAUGAUUUCGACAACCUUUAGUGUGGGCUUUGAUGGGAGACGACUGCUCAUUGGAGUUGCCCAAGACCUUCCAGAUCGACCGCGUUCCACCUGGCAACGAGAAUCUCUGCGUACACCACAUUUCAACUCUCCAAGACCCCAGUGCGAUGUUGCGUCGGCGUGA